AUGGCGGUACUGGUGGUGCUCAUGCUCGUGGCGGGGCUCCUCUUCUCCGGCGCCGGUGAGGAAUGGGUCGGGAGUGUUCUGUGUGGGGUGUUGCAGGGGGGUUUCUUGCUCCGGCGAGCUGUGACGAUGUGAGUGUGAUGGAUCUUUUGGCAGAUGCGACGUGGUGCGUGUGCAGGAGCGACGUCGGCACCAGCUCGCUGCAGAAGACACUGGACUACGCGUGCGGCGCCGGCGCCGACUGCAGCGCCAUCCUGCAGAAGGGAAGCUGCUACGAGCCCAAUACCGUGCUAGCCCACUGCUCCUGGGCCGCCAAUAGCUACUUCCAGAAGAAGGGCCAGGCCGCCGGCAGCUGCGACUUCUCCGGCACCGCCGGCAUCACCACCACCGACCCCAGUAAGAGGAACAUCUCUCUCCAUUCCUCCCCCCACUAAAUCUCCCUCGUCCCUCUCUGAAGACGGCGAGAAAGCACACUUAUUCUUCCGUAUCUGGGUUCGUUUUGCAGGCAUCUCCGGGUGCAGCUACCCGUCCUCCGCCAGGUAUCGGCUCCGCCCUCGCCCCCGAUCCUGGAUUCAUCGUUCUGCUCUUAUCUUGCUGGCCAAAAGAGAUGAUUUCGCUGUUAUUUAUAUCGAUCUGUGGCAUUUGAUUUCUGUCGCUUUUUUUUCCCUUUUUUUGUCAUCAUCCCGGGGAAUCUGCUCGUAUUCCAUCGACAUUCGGGUGAAGCAUCGUUAAAUCACAGUACUCUUCUUCUUCUUCUUCUUCAUCAUUUCCAGCUCUACCACGCCGACCUCCACCAGCACCAGCCCACCGGGGACGACCACCACAACCAGUGGGACCCCAACCUUCACCUCUCCGACCACCAACGGCAUCGUCGGAGGCCUCGGCCCGACCGGCACUGGCAUCUCCACCGACGGCAGCGGCGCGGGGUCCCUCUCCUUCUCUCCGGCAGCCGCCCUUCUCCUCCCCGCCCUGUUUGUUCUCAGGCUCGGCUGGUGA